GUGCCCAGAUCGAGGCACAAAGAAGUGAAUUGGGAGAGCUCCUCUCCCAACUGCUGGUGGAUAUGGAGUUUGCUGUCCCUGCUGCAAGAGAACACAUCCGGGGUAAAUUUGACCUUAAUGCGAUCUCUGAUCGUUUGGCCAAAGCUAUCACGGGUGUGGAGAUGAUAGCAGCAGCGACUGAAAUCCAGAAGGUUAUUGGCCAGUGUUCAUUGUCAAGGGAAAAGCCCCUGUGCUUGAAAAUGAUGAAGAGAAAGAAGAUAAAGAAAGAAAAGAGGGACGUCAAGCUCGAGAAGUUGCUUCUUGGUGGAACGAAAAGCGGUGACACAACGAAGAAGGAAAUGGUAAAAGAAAUCGAGAAGAAACCAGAAGAGAAGAAACCUGAUGGGAAUGGCAAUGGAGAUGGGAAUGGGAACGGGAAUGGCAAUGGGAAUGGUGGUCCCUCCGGUCCCACUCCCUCUCCUAAGGACAAUGCCAAACCCACAGAUCCGACUAAGCCAGAAAAAAAAGAAAGGGUGAAGAUGAAAUUGCCUUUUACUUUUUCUAAUAAGAAAGAAGAAAGCCUUCCACUCUGGAUCGCAGAGAUCCAGACCUAUGUUGGGACCGCACCGGUAGAAGAAGAGUCGCAAGUUGCGUUCGCCACUUCUUGUAUGGGGGGUGAGGUGAAGCAAUGGGUUCUGGCGAAAGCAAAUGCUGCGGGGUUUGACGAUAUAGGUGAGUGGGCGAAGACUAUGACCUUGAAGCAGUUCCUUGCAAAAGUCAAGGACCGCUUUUUGGACAAGACUACGGACGAUAAGGCCUUCGACCAACUCACCACGAUAGGACAAAAGUCCUGGUCUUCAGUUGAGUCAUUGUCUCGUGAGGUUGACCGACUGUUGCAGGGCGAGUUCGAUCCGCGAUCAGCAGGCGGCCUGGCACGGACAUUUUUGGAGAGCUGCUGCUUGCCGAAUGGGGAUGUUGCGGUGGUGCUUCAAUUGUCGAUUGCAACAGACAAUUUAACGAGAGAAGCGAAUCUCGAAGUUCUUCAGUUUGAGCGUCUGGAGCCUCCACUGUCUUCGCCAUUGAUCAUGAGCCCAAGGUCAAGACGGCAGUCUGGGGUGGGAGUAGGAGGAGGAGGGGAGGUUUCGCCCAUGGGGUCGGAUCCCAGAGGCGGCAGUAGGGGUCCUGCUGCUGCGGGUGGCGGUCCCGGUGGUGGCGGAGGUGGAAAGCCUCUCUACGUGGCACCUGCAAAGAGUUCGUCGUUUAAUAGUCGAACCACCUCUGCUCCUGCCGAUCCGUGCAAGGACCUUCUUCACUGGCUCCUGCCUCUUGACCAACAGUUGUCGACGAGUGUGCCUACUCUUCUGCCGGCGCCUGCGUCCUUCUCUGCGGGGGGUUGGAGCUCUCCUCCUCGAAUGUCAACCUCCACCGGAUUUAGCUUCAGCAGCAUGAGACUGCCCGCAUCACCGACACGACCCACAACGCCAACUUUGCAGCAAUCCUUCAGUUUCCAUGCUGGCAUGGGGGCCGGGACUGCUGCAGCCGCAGCCGUCUCGUUUGCUGAUGAUAUGGACACCGGAGUUGAUGGAAGCGGACUCGCCGGAUUGGCGAUGUCGGGACCGGGAGACGGAGUUGGGAGCGAAGGGAUACUGAGCUUUCGCGGCAUGGCUCUCGAGCCUCAGCGGUUUGUUGCGCAGUGCGGCCUCGAGGGGCCUCACGUUCCGGGAAAGUGUUGGUCAAAGCCGAUCUCCAUCUUGCAUCCUCUCAAGAUAGAGUCGCAUGCAGCGGAUUGCAACACAGAAGAGUUCAUAUGCAUCCUUAUUGAGAGUUACAAGUCUUCUUCAUUCAACAUGAGUUCCAAGCCUGGCGGUCAUCAGCGCCAGCUGCCAGAUGUCAACAGCGCUCAACAGUCAAGACUUACUGUUGCAUACUGUAACGGUGCAGACCAGAACAAGAACCGACCUCUCAAUACAAAGUACAAGAUAGCGUAGCGGAAGACUUAGAUACCAAUGAUCCGAACAAUCAAUAUUGCAAUGCAGC